GGUUUGCCGAGCUGGACCCCGCCAGAAUCAACUUUAGGCUGGCGCUAUACGGACGUGGGUAUACGGUAGCAGACGCGAGGUGCAACGAACGCGCUCGGCUGCUCGUUCAAAGGUCCAAGGGUUGACACCUAAACUCUUACCUGAAGCCACGAUGAAGGAGAUCACCUGGGAUGAUCAGUGGAUUGGGUACGACGAUGCCGACACCAUCAAGCAAAAGAAGGCUUGGGCGGAUAAUCAGUGGUUUGGUGGCACGAUGGCGUGGAGUAUCGAUUUCAACUCGGGAGCUGGAAGUGGCCUGACGCCCGUGAAUACCACCAACGGGAGUUGUGGGAGGGGCAAAGGACAAACAGUGUGCGGAGACUGGCCAGAUGGCGAUUGCUGUUCCAGUUCCGGCUGGUGUGGCAAGACGGAAGCCUUUUGUGGUAGCGGCUGUCAGUCGGGCAGUUGUAUUCAAGGUGCCGACACGAAUGACGGGACCUGCGGUGUCAACCACAAAGGAACAAAGUGCGGAGAUUGGAAGGAUGGCGGUUGUUGCAGUCUGGCUGGUUACUGCGGCGCUACCAGAUACCACUGCGGUGUGGGCUGCCAGCAAAGUUACUCGGGAAGAAGAUGCGGGUGGAGGGAUUUCGGCAAGGAGCAGUACAUUGACAUUGAGGACGGUACGGUAUAACGCGGCUAUCAAGGGGAGGUGGCGACGGAACUGAACUUGAGGGUUGUACGCUGCGGACCUCGUGAAACUACAGAGAGCGAAAGGGGCCCGGAUGGAUGGAGGAGAAGGAGGAU